CGGAGCGGCGCGAGGAGCGCGGAGCCCCGGACCCCCAGGGAACAUGGCAGAGAAGAUCCUGGUGACGGGCGGUGCCGGCUACAUCGGCAGCCACUGUGUGCUGGAGCUGCUGGAGGCUGGAUACGUCCCCGUGGUCAUCGACAACUUCCACAACGCCAUCCGAGGGGCAGACGCGCUCCCCGAGAGCCUCCGGCGCGUGCAGCAGGUCGUGGGCCGGCCCGUCCUCUUCCAGGAGCUGGACAUCACGGAUGGGGCAGGGCUGCAGGAGCUCUUCAGGAAGCAUCGUUUCUCAGCUGUGAUGCACUUUGCGGGGCUGAAGGCCGUGGGGGAGUCUGUGCAGAAGCCCCUGGAAUACUACAGGGUGAACCUCACUGGGACCAUCCAGCUGCUGGAGACCAUGAGAGUCCACGGGGUGAAGAACAUAGUGUUCAGCAGCUCUGCCACUGUCUACGGGGACCCCAAGUACCUGCCCCUGGAUGAGAACCACCCGGCUGGAGGCUGCACCAACCCCUACGGCAAAUCCAAGUACUUCAUCGAGGAGAUGAUCCGAGAUCUCUGCAAAGCAGAGAGGGACUGGAACGCUGUUCUCCUGCGCUACUUCAACCCCAUCGGUGCCCACGAGUCGGGCAGGAUUGGAGAGGAUCCUCAGGGGAUCCCCAACAACCUCAUGCCCUACGUGGCCCAGGUGGCAGUGGGACGCCGGGAAUUCCUGAGUGUGUUUGGCAACGACUACGAGACAGAGGAUGGGACGGGUGUCAGGGAUUACAUCCACGUCGUGGAUUUAGCCAAGGGCCACAUCGCUGCUUUGAAGAAGCUCAAGGAGAACUGUGGCUGCAAGGUCUACAAUCUGGGCACAGGCACUGGCUACUCUGUCCUGCAGAUGGUCCAGGCCAUGGAGAAAGCCUCAGGGAGGGAGAUCAAGUACAAGGUCACAGGCCGGCGGGAGGGAGACGUGGCCUCCUGCUAUGCCAACCCGGGGCUGGCUGAGCAGGAGCUGGGCUGGAAAGCUGCCUUUGGCCUGGACAAGAUGUGUGAGGACCUGUGGCGGUGGCAGCUGCAGAACCCCACGGGCUUCAGCAAGAACUGAGCUGUGGCCUGAGGGCUGGCUGGGCUACCCUGGGCCAGCCCUGCGUGCCCCCCUGCUGAGCUGGGAUUGUCCUGGGUGCAGUUCCAGCUCCCC